AUAUAAAUUUCAUUGAGCGUAUCUUUACUACAACCAGUCAGACUACUACGGCUUACGUUGCAGGCAUGACUAUGGCUAAAGGAGUAGGCAACUUAGCUGACACUCAGUCAGGUAAUAUAUCUACACAGCUAGAAUGUGUCGACUGCAUGGACGAUGAUUUUGAAACGCUCGCUAAAUGCUCACGGGUCAUGAAAUAUGAGAGAAAUAGGCGGGAAACUUUCAAAACCUGGCCGGCGUGGAGUUGUCAAAGACCGGAGUGUUUGGCUAAAGCUGGGUUCUACUACACGAAGAUCAGUGACAGAGUGCAGUGUCCAUUUUGUUUCGGUGUCCUCAAGAAAUGGGAGACUUGGGAUGAACCAAUGUCUGAGCACAGACGACAUUUCCCACAUUGUAAAUUCAUCCAGGGUGAGGAUGUUGGGAAUGUGCCCUUAGAAGACAAUACAGGACUAUUCCAGCACCCAAUAGCACCGGUCUGUGUCGGAAGUGAAAACAGAGCGAACGUCGACUUUAAGAAGGCAGUAAAUCGGUUGGCAUCAUUUUCAAGAUGGCCGCCAAAUUUAACUCAAACACCUGAAGUUCUGGCUAGAGCAGGAUUCUACCACGUUCCGUGUGAGGAGAAACCGGACAGAGUGAGAUGUGCCUAUUGCCAGGGGAAACUGUAUAACUGGAAACCUGAAGACGAUCCUUGGAUUGAGCAUGCUAAGUGUUUCCCGUCCUGCCCAUAUGUAAAGCUGUGUAUGGGACAAGAUACUAUUGUAGAUAUGCUGCAUGAGCAACGAGUUGUCGAGGAGAAGAACACGCCAGAAUCUCUAAAAGAUCAACAAAGCUCUGCUCAGGAAAAUAUUUCCUCCCCUGAGGAUAACAUGACAGAACUCACGCGCAGUGAGGCAGUUCUAGCUGUGCUUCAGAUGGGGUUCUCCCAACAACUUGUUCAAGAGGUUCUGAGGAACAAUAGCAAAUCAAGUAAAGGAAAGUGUUUCUCUGCACAAGAGUUGGCGACUGAUAUUCUUGACAUGGAAAAAGCUCUUGAGACAACAAACAUCAAAUCCAAAACUUCUGCUUCUACAGAAAGGACACAAUGUAACAGAACACAGCCUUCUAAGACAGACACCAGAGGAAUGUGUGGUCUGCAAAACAACUCAACAUCAAACAAUUCUCCUGUGUUGGAAAACAUCAUGGACGAGAACUCACGAAUUAAGGACCGGUACCUGUGUAAAAUCUGUAUGGAAAGCCCAGUGAGGGUGACCUUCAUGCCCUGUGGUCAUCUGGCCUGUUGUGGGCCCUGCUCCAUGGCAGUGUCCAGUUGCCCCAUCUGUCGGAAUACAAUACAAGGACGUGUUCGGACUUACUUCUAGGACUGAAUAAACUCUUGCUGUUAAACACUGUUCAUGAUUCCGUCAGUGAAGCUCGAGUGAAAUUACUUUCAUUUACCACUUAAUCAUCACUGUCUCGUCUGUAGUGACAAGUCCAAAUAUACAUUUAUGCUAUGUGUGCACAGUAAAAUCGGUACCUUUCACAUAUGCAACCUGAAACAAAA